AUGCAAACCACAAGUGUGUUUUUCGAUGUUCAGAGUAUUCGCCCUUCCAUUUUGGGUUCAUGUGUACCUGUGUUGUGUCUUUGUCUGCAACGGGCUGACUCGGUUGCCGUCGGCCGCCACAUUUUGCCUUCUGCGCCUCGAGUCACACUGUUUUCGAAGAUGAUGAUAAAUUCAAAAUUGUGGGAGGAGGAACGCAAGUCUUCGCUGUUUAACCGCAGCGGCCUGCACUCUGCGGAUGAGCUGCUGUCGCUGCGCCCGAAGGUCGAGGCGCUGCUCGGCGGCGGCGAUUGCGCCGGCGGAGAUGACAUUUUGAGCUCUAUUAUGAAUUAUGUCUGCACGUUGAUGAGCGCCUGUAAUCUGUGGAGCUCCCCGCCCAGUUCCCCCGCGCUGCCGUGGCCGGCAGAACCCCGUUUCGAGGUGACUGAGGAAAACGAGAGGAUAUUCCGCCUGGAUGCCGAGCGCACGUUCAUUUCUGAGGAGCACCGCGAGGUUUUGUGCCGAAACUUGAAGCUGGUAUUCACCCACGUCGGCGACUACCACCAGGGCGAGGGGUUCGUGAUUGCCUUCUUGUCCCUCUUCUUGCCCGCCACCGACGUUGUUCGUGUGGUAGUACACCUCCAUGAGAACCAGCUUCGUGGGUAUUUUUCGUGCACUCCCGAGGCCUACGUGCGUGACUCCCGGGUGCUCAUGAGGCUGCUGAAGGAGCGUAACGAGAAGCUUUACAAUCAUCUGGAGGGCCUCCUGGUGCCCGAGACCUUCUGCUCCAAGUGGUUCAUCGGUAUGAACGUGCAUGUACUCCCGUUUGAGCACGUUGUGAAGUACAUCGAGAACGUGCUUUCGAAGGGUGAGAGCUACGUGUUCAGCUUCGGGCUCGCUUUCCUGCUGUUCCAUGCCGAGGCCAUUUUAGGCUGCAACGACGUAUCUAAGAUACUGCAACUUCUCCGUCUCGAUGAUGCCAUUCUGCCGCCUGAGGAUGAGCGCGAUGCGUUAUACAGUGGCAUAAUGAAGCUGGCAGACGAAACUGCCGUAGACACCGAGCAGCUGUCGUCCCUUCGCGCUGAGGUGGAAAAGGAGCUGCAGGAGCAGAAGGAGGCCCGCGAACAGCGAAUGAAGGAACUGGAGGGCACUGAUGACGAGAUUGUAUUCUCCGACGAGGAGUGA